UUUCUUUUUCUUUUAACAUCCUGUCAACAUCGGUGGGAGAUCAAAAAUGACAAAGCCGGGAAAAGGGGACCGUGGCAUCCAUUAUAGAUUCAUAAUAUUUAUUAAGUUAAAAUGAUUUCAAAACACAUAAUUUAUAUGUUCGAAGUAUACGAAACGGUGAAUUCUGACCAAGAUUUCCCGUUCUCUCAGUAAUUUCUGCUUCCCUUGUUCAUAAUCCUUUUGAUUUCACAAAACGCUGACCGACUCAUAUUAUUUUCCGUUCCGCGUUUUAGGAACACCCGCAUUAUAAAUAGCUAGUUUUCCUACGUUGCAUAUAAAUUAUUUGAUAUGACCCAAAAAUUGCAUUAGACACGCAGUAUAGGUAGGAGAAGUUUCACAUAAUCUAUCCUUAUUCAUCAAUGAUCGUUGUGGUGAAAAUAUUUACAAAAUAUCUAAAUUUAGGAAAGAAUACUUUAUGUUUUGAUCCGUGUUCUACGUUUUAAACAAUUUUUGUCAUGUGACCACAGUAUCCAUGACGUCACACACAAAGAACACAUUGACGUUCCACCGACAGAGGUCGUGCUUGGCAACCAGUCCUCCAUACUUAUGGUGGAAAAUAGCAACAGACUGUGGUGGAAAUUAACGUUGUUCAAAUAGAAGUUAGCCAGAGAUCAGGUAGAUUUUUACGAUUAUGGAUUUAAACAAAAUUGUGUGAUCUAUCUGUGAAUAUCAAAUGUGGACUGUAAGGACAAAAAAUUGUGAAAUAUAUAGCAAAAACCGGGGGACAUGACCACCCGGGUGAAAGCUCUGCCAGUACAGGUGCAGAGAACUCGAUCAAUGCUAACCACCGGGGAUAUGUAUACACAUAAUACUCUAGAAGGAACAAGCCACCACCUCCCUCCAAUCGCUAGCCAAACUGUUGGAGGUGCCCACAGCGCUCAUGUCACUACAAAUACUGGUCAUACUGGACACGGCGUCAAAGUGCAGCAGCUUUACGAGGACCAUAAACACCACCACGACAAACAUGUCACUAUACAACAUGGUGGAAGCAAAGAGUCAGAGGCCCCACCACAGAACAUGCGACCCAGUUCCAGUGCAGGAAGUCAAGGGAGCAAGACUGGAUCUGCUGCAGCUCGUCGUAACAAUUCCAUGAGUCCGGAGUCAGCUAUGAAACAAUUCAUGCAUAAGCUGACUUCUUUUGAACAUCAUGAAAUCUUCAACUAUCCUUCUAUAUUUUUUGUGGGACAGAAUGCUAAAAAACGACAAGGUGUUGUAGGAGGGGCCAACAAUAAUGGCUACGAUGAUGAAAAUUGCUCUUAUAUUCAUGUACCUCAUGAUCAUAUAGGAUAUCGUUAUGAAGUGCUCAAAGUGAUUGGAAAAGGAAGUUUUGGACAGGUUGUUAAAGCUUAUGACCACAAAAUUAAUUCACAUAUAGCAUUAAAAAUGGUAAGAAAUGAGAAGCGAUUUCAUCGUCAAGCUCAAGAAGAGAUUCGGAUCUUGGAACAUCUAAAGAAACAAGACAAGGACAAUGCCAUGAACAUUGUUCACAUGAUGGAACAUUUUACAUUUCGUAACCAUAUAUGUAUUACCUUUGAACUCUUGAGCAUGAAUUUGUAUGAACUGAUCAAGAAAAACAAAUUCCAGGGAUUUAGCUUACAGCUUGUGAGGAAAUUUGCACAUUCCAUUUUGCAGUGUUUGGAUGCUUUGUACAAAAAUAGGAUCAUUCAUUGUGAUCUCAAACCUGAAAACAUUCUCCUUAAGCAGCAGGGAAGAAGUGGCAUCAAAGUCAUUGAUUUUGGCUCCAGUUGUUAUGAACAUCAGCGUAUAUACACGUACAUUCAGUCGCGUUUCUAUAGAGCACCAGAGGUUAUUUUAGGAGCCAAGUAUGGAAUGCCAAUAGAUAUGUGGAGUUUAGGAUGCAUUUUAGCUGAACUUUUAACAGGGUAUCCAUUGUUCCCUGGAGAAGAUGAAGGGGAUCAGUUAGCGUGUAUUAUAGAAUUACAAGGUAUGCCACCACAGAAGCUGCUAGAUCAGUCAAAGCGAGCAAGGAAUUUCAUCAGUUCCAAAGGCUAUCCUCGGUACUGCACUGUCACCACUCUACCAGAUGGCAGCACCGUAUUAAAUGGCUGUCGUUCUAGGCGAGGAAAGCCCAGGGGUCCUCCAAAUAGCAAAGAAAUGGUGACCGCCCUGAAAGGAUGUGAAGACCCACUUUUCCUCGAUUUCAUGAAGCGCUGCUUGGAAUGGGAUCCAUCAACACGGUUGUCGCCCGUACAAGCAUUACGCCACCCUUGGCUCCGACGUCGAUUGCCAAAACCUCCUACUGUAGAUAAUCGAGCAGAUUCUGCUUCGCGCCGAAAAUCCACCGCCAACACUGCUAGUGCAGUGAUACCGAAACUUGCAAGUGGCACAUCGAGUGGAAAGGGGAGAAAUAACAUCAUAACAGACGAUAUGUCUGCACCGAUGCACAAUCGAACCCGACUGCCACAAAUCGGCUCAACAUUAUAGGAGCUAUUGCUUGUGAUAUAGUGUUCUUGUGAUAUUUUUUAUGCCGUCCACAUUUACUUUGAUUUUUAGUCAAUAAUUGUGUAUGGUUUAACAAGAUAUGUGUAUGACAAACAUGUUUGGUGUGAAGAAGUACUGUCUAUCAUUUGAAUCUGAAUACUGGAAGCAUCUGGAUGUUUUUGUGUUGGAUUGUAUGGUAUAAACUUGCACUACAGCUUAACGUACAAAACCUUUUAUGGAGAAAAAUGUCUAUGUGUAAUGCAAUCCAAUUUAUCAGUAUUUUCUUGUCCAUGUAAAAGAGGUGUGUGCGUAUAUGUGUAUAUAUAUAUAUAUAUAUAUAUAUAUAUAUAUAUAUAUAUAUAUAUAUAUAUAUAUAUUUGCAUGCAUUUGAUGUGAUACAAUAACUGUUCUAAAUGCAAAUAUGAUUAUGCCCAUCAUUGUGAUAAUUUGAGGAAAUAAUUAUUUACUGAUUGCACAGUACAUAAUAUAUUUGGUAUAACAUUCCAACUUCCUUCGAGACCAAACAGGUUCAUUAUUGGACCAAUUCAUAGAUGUCAUUUUUACUCCGACAGGCAAAAUGAAAAUUAAUUUGUCAAAAACACCAAUGUUUGAUUUACUCUCUUAAUCACGAUCUUAAGAAAUGGUCUAUCAAAGCAAUAUGUUAUCUCAGGAUAAUUCACGGGCAGAAAGAAGAGCCUAGAUGUAAAUUAUUGAUACAGAUAUUCUUUUCUCCUGGCAUAAUUGAAUAUUGCAAUUCACCUAUGUACACCUUGUCAGGGGACUCUGUCCUGAAGAUUAUAUUGAUUCCUCAUUACUGGCAUAACCCUGUAUAAUGUUCGAGGCAGUAUCGAUUUCACCUCAGGAGUUUUAAAUCAAAUUUUGUUAAUCUUAAUUAAGCGCAGAAGAAAAUUCUUUUCAUGUUUUUUUUUCCCCCCCCUUAACACAAGGAUUAUUGUUAGUGAAUCAGUUUUUAAAACAAUUGACGUCUUUUGCUAUGUUUGACAUUUAAUAAUAUGGAUCUGUGAUUAUAUACCAAGUACGUUCUUUAUUUUCUGUUAAUUAUAGAUAUCUUUUAAAUUUCAUCGUUGCGUAAGUCGGUCACGUUUUAGAGUUACAAAGCAUUACAGAUCUGUUGUUUUGUAUUUUUGAAUUCUGUCAUGAGGCAUAUUAGCAUAAAACUUUUAUGAUCAUGAUCAUUUUAAGUGAUCUGUUUUCACACAAACUAAUUAAUUUUUAAAAAUUUACUGUCUUCUCACAAGACUCUGUGGUAGAAGAAACAACAAAUGCAUAACAAAAUGCCAUGAAUAUUCAUAUAUUUAUCAAGAAGAUAUAUUUUACGAUAUAAGAUAUCUGAUCAACGCCCAAGUGCCAAAUCAACAGAGCCUCUCAGAAUGUUGUAGUGCAUGGAUUCCAUCAUCCAGUUCCUUUAGUGCAUGAACACAGUGUUUUAACUUUCUACUGCCAUAUAUGGAUCUGACUCUAUAAAGGAUCAUCAUACAUUUUUUAAAUCUAUGGUUUUUAUAUGUUGAGUUUAUGAGGGAGAAUUCUGUGUUUAUGAUGGAGAAGUGAGGAAAGGGAAAGUGUGAAUAUUUAAAAAAAAAAAUGUAUAAGCAAAAUAGUUCACAUCAUAUAUGUACAAAAUUUUAUUUCUGUUUUUAUUUUGAAGUGUGAUCUUUUAAAAUCUCUCAAUUUCUUUAUAUUUUAAUAUGAUGUGUUUAUAUAUUUUCCACUGUUUAUAUAUAGUUUUGUAUUACUUCUAUGAAUUUUGUGAAUAGUGGAAAAUUGGCCGAUCAUUGGUCUGAGAUUUUUAUAUACAAAUGUCUCUACACAGCUGUACAUAUAUAGAACAAACUAAUACUAUAUUUAUCAUACCCCAAAGAGUUCAAGUCUUGUGUUGCUGGUUUUAUGAUUCCUUUGAUUUCCAUAUUUUUCUUCUGAAUUCACUGUGGAGUGUCUAUUUGUCUGUCUGUAGCUGUUCCCCAAUGAAACUUCAUAAACCUAAGCAAUUAUCUUCCCUUUUGAUGAAAGGGGCUUUUUUCACUCUUGUACAAAAGUGGUGUAUUUGUGUUUGAAAAAUGCAUAAUAUGCCCUUGUUUGUUCUUAAUACAGAAAUAUCUUCACUUCUGUUUAAUUGUCUUUUUAAAAAAAAUUGUAUUUGACAAUUAUGUAUAUUAAAACACACAUGAAAUCUUAA